CCCUGAAUAACCGUUUUAGCCGUUAGUUAGUACACGCGCCUUCAAAGAUGAACAGCUCCCAAGCCAUUCGCCUKGUUGUACUUUUGCUUGCUUUUGCAGUUUUUGAAACUCAUUCAGUUGAUAAAUAUCGAUCUGUUGGCUGCUUCAAGGACUCUAUGCGUUCUCCUCGCCCUCUUCCAAAACUUCUUUCARACUUACGACMUCUGAUCAACAAGAAAUGGGACAACCUUCCCCAAAUAAUUCAAAUGUGCGCGAAUCUUGCCAAACGUCAUGGACAUAAWUUUUUUGGGAUUGAAUUUUACGGAGARUGUUGGUCGAGUGAAAGUGGGAAAGGUUAUGACAAAGACGGCGCGUCCUCUGAAUGUGUUCUUGGCGUUGGCAAAGCGGGAGCUAUUCAAGUGUACGAACUUGAAGUUCCAAAUGUCAAGUGUGGAGUAAAGSGCAUGUCACGUAUCAUCGGGGGMGAUAACGCUGGCCGCAAUGCUUGGCCAUGGCAAGCCGAACUUCUGAUGUACAACAAAGAACAAAAUAAGUUCCUUCAUAGAUGUGGCGGGACGUUGAUCAAUCCCUUUUGGGUUGUCACAGCGGCGCAUUGUGUAUUUCAGAAUAUCGAUCCUAAGAACUACAAGAUUAGACUUGGUUGGGGCAUGACCGAAUAUGGUGGCAAACCUUCMGAUAUCUURCAACAAGCUCGKCUUCCACUCGCGUCUGACGAAAGCUGCACGAUGGUUAACGAAGCCCUCCGAACAGUUGACACUCUAACGAUGCUUUGCGCCGGGUAUGGUGGCAAUAUCUCUGUUAGUGGUUGUCAUGGUGAUAGUGGAGGUCCGUUUGUUUGUCAAGAAGAAGGAGGACGUUGGUUUUUAAGGGGGAUCGUUAGCUGGGGUGAYCACAAGUGCACCGGACAACAUUACAAUGUUUUUACACGCGUGAGYUCGUUUAUCGAUUGGAUCAAAUGCAAGAUGAACGCUAAACCUCUAGCGAGACCUGUCGGCUGUACAGACGCACACUUCUAUUGUAAACAAUGGAAAGCUAUGGGCUUCUGCAAAAUGGACUAUUUUGCACAUCUGAUCAAAGGUUACUACUGCAAGAAAACGUGUGACGCAUGUUGAACGUUACGUUGACGAAGACGUCAAGAUUCUUGUCAGUGUUUAUAGCUACAUGUUGUAUUUGAAGUUAACUGAAAACCAUACAUUUGUUCUCAUACGAUCAGAUUGUGUUUUAACAAAUAAAAAUUUGUUUGAAUAAUAAUUCCGCCACUUUUUUCGAAGGUUUUAUUUGCACAAACUGUGG